UCCGACGGUCCUGAACCACGCGUGUGCGCCCCACUCCGAGGGGCUUAAGCGCGUAGGCCUCGCUCUGCGUAAAUGUUUGCCCUCUGUUGUGUGUGGUCUCUGGGAGCACAGAAGCAAACAACAGGAGCCAGGUGGAGGGAGGAGGAGGACGAGGAGGACAAGGAGGAGGAGGAGGAGGAGGGCCCCCGGGUGUCCGCCGGCCACCGGCGGACGGGAAACGGACUUUCGCUCCUACUGACACGCCCGGGUGUGACCGCUAUUGCCCCUGCAAGUCAAAUUUCUGAACCGCUGGCCAGGGCUCAGAAUUCGAGGGCGACCUGCAGCCGGGUGAUGAACCCCCGCGGGGGCGUCCGAAAAAAACCCGCGUCGGACGAACCCGCAGUGAGACUCACAGGUGGCCGCGAUGGCAGAGUUGGGUCGGAGGCACCCGCAAACGAGGGCGAAGGGCCGGCAAGCGGGUGAGCUGGCCAGAGGGCGCUUCUCGCGGAGCACAUGGAGCAGAAGCCGACGCCAAAGAGCUGAAGUCGGGGGCCUCGAAGUCGACUGCAUCCUCGUCCCAGCCCCGUCCGAACAACCCCCCCCAGGGCUCGGGGGCGGCCAAGAGGGUGGCGUCCGAUAGGGGGUGGCGCAAAGCAUGGCCGGCGGCGUGUGCUCGGCCCAGGAGGGGGUCGGGACGCAGUGAAGUAAGAAGAGGCGCCCUGAAAUCUGAUGAAAUAUCAUGGCUCCCACCAUAAAAAGACAAAACCAUAUAAACAUAAACUUGUGGCGCUCUGCGCGGCGCAGGCGCCAGGCAGGGCGCAGACGGCUCCCGCCGGGCCCGGCGCCCGGGCUCGCGCGGCGGCACGAGCACGAGAGAGCGCCGGGCACCAAGUGAGCGACGAUCGAAAACGGGUCCUGCAGUCGGCCCGUAUCCCUGCGCCGCUCCGCUCGGCGCUCGGCGCCGCUGCCGGCCCUGGACGGCCCAGCGCUUCAAAAUAGUCUCCGCAGCUGGCGCGCCAGCUCGAUCCAGAUGUCUCUACGAGGCCCCCACGCAGGGUCACAAAAAAGCACACACACACACACUGGAUGUGUGGGUGAUCUACAUCCUGCACCUCUGCUCAGCAGGUCCCCGUCGACUCCAAGAGCCGACGGGAUCGAGAUUGGCUCACAUUGGAGCCAACUGAGCAGCUGCUCCUCCUUGGCUCAGCAGGUCCACUUCGACAAGAACAGUCGAGCGGACGAGAUUGGCCUACAUUCAUGCCAACUGAGCGGAUGGAGCUUGCACAAACUGAACUAGGUAUGACAGCUGGGAUGCCCGUGUGGGCUUCCAGAGUGAGGAGUGGGAAUGA